CUAAAAUAAUUGAAAAUCGACUUACGAAUCCCUAACGAUAAGAAAAAUAAGGAAAAAUUUUUUAGAGAAAAGGUGCCGACUUGUAACCUUAAUUUAAAUAAAAAAUCAUUGGAAUGUAAAAUGUUUGAUCGCGCUUAGGAGUGUGCAUAUGGUGGAUCUCGAACCAAUCACAUUAACAUUGCUCGAAGCAUCGUCAAAGGGGUUGGUGCCAGCAUUGGAGAGUGAAGUUCUGGCGAUUUCGUCGGGCGGCCAUUUAAUGACAACAUUUUAAUUAUAACAAUCAAACACCAGGCCUGUGUUGAAUAAAUAACAAGUGGAAUAUAUAUUAUGUAUUGCCUACAAUGUCUGUUACCAGUACUUCUACUUCCGAAGCCAAACAAUGCUCUUAUCGAAACACAUGUGAUGUUUAUUGUUCUCUACCUGAUUGGCUUCUUUUUGGAGAGAAAACCAUGCACGAUUUGUAGUCUGGUGUUUUUGACUGCCGUAUUCUUAAUAUGCUAUAGCGGAGUGGGUAACUGCAUAUUCUGGGGAAGCUGUGAUGACAACCAAUGUGAAAAUGGCUAAAGCCUUUUAUUACGGCGUUGGGAAAGAGUGUUGGUGUAAAGGAAAUAUGUGACAAAUAUUUGAAUCAGUUACCAAAGUUCUACCAGGCAGAAGGAUAAUUAGUAUAAGCCAGUCCUCGUCUAUAUGAAAAAAGAUAAAAUAACUUGACCUUUGCCCGACCCUCACCAAAUAAAAAGCAGUUUUCCCAAAAUAAUAUCAGUCGAUUGAAUGCAUAUGUAACAGUAAAUCUUCUAUUUCAUUCAUAAUAAUAUAUAAAACAACAAUGCAAAUAUAAUUAAAAAUUAGUAUUUAUAAAAAACCAACAUGCAAAAUGCCUGGUAAUGAUCUUAGAUUCUUACAUAAAUACACAAUUUAAGGUGAGAAACAAACGAAUAACAUAAGAUUGGUUGUUUAAUUGUAACGAAAUGAAAAAUGUACUAUUUAUAAAUCAACAACAACAACAAACAAACGAAUUGAGGCCCAUAAGAUUUUAUGUUUCUGUGUUAAUUUGUAAACGUUUAACCAUGUGUAAAUACAUACUAGUUAUUAUAAAUAUGUAUUUUUAAAAUUUA